AUGGAUAGGAGAUGUUUUUGUUGUGCAUCCAAGUUCACUAUUUUCAAAAAAGAGUGUGGCUGUAAAUCCUGCGGACGCUCCUUCUGUGCAGGAUGUCUAGGAUUCACUGUUGUUCUCCCUGCAUAUGGCAACACCAAGCAAAAGAUCUGCAAGAAAUGUCAUGAAUCUAUCACCAGUGGAAAGGAUCAAAGUAACAGUUGCUCUAAAUGGUCUCCACCAGAGAAUUAUAAGAAGAGAGUGGCCGCCUUAGAAUCCAGACAGAAUCAACAAAAAGUGAUGCAGAUGGGGCCUGGAUUGCCACAUGGAGGAACGAACCAAAAAUAUGAGGGUUUGUCUGCAGAAGACAGAGCUAUUGCUGAACGUCUUGAUAAACUCAAGCAAGAAACUAAACCUAAAACUGUUGCCUCAACGGCAGAAAUAGAAUCCAGAGUGCAAGCUCUACAGAAAGACACACAAGGCCGUGUUCCAUCUCUACAAGAAAUGGAAGACCGGCUUGCAGUACUGCAAGGGAGGACUACUCCAUCUAGAACAACCAAACCGCUUCAUCAACCCCCCCGACAAGAGAACCCAGACUGAAAAAGUGAAUGAUCUACUAACUCAGCUGAGAGAUGAGGCCGCUAUUGAUCGGCAGUGGAAUCCAGAUGCUCAGUCUCAAGACUUCAGUGUACCAUCUGUUAACAAUCUGAAUAAAGAUGAUCAAGUAGACAGCCAAACUGGCAUUAGUCAUGAACUAGAUGCAGAAUAUUUAGAGAGGGAGAAGGAACGGAUUUUAAGAGAAGCUGCAGCAGAACUGCAAGAUGAGAAUACCAGACAAGAGAAAAUGCUGGAAAUUGCAAAAAGACUUGCAGCGCUACAAGGCAAAGAUCCUGACAAAGUAACUGUGGACAACAUCAAACUUCCUGACAGUGAUGAAGAAACAGAGGAAGAAGGUGUUCAGAGAAUCCUGAAGCAGCUGGCUGAAGAAACUGCUCUGGAUGAGGCAAGUGGCUACAAUAUUCCCCCUGAACAUGGUAGAAUGGAAGAUACCAAGAGAAGUGUUCCAGUAGCAAAGAAACUUCCUUCAUCCCAAAUGCCUAAACGACCUGCACAGAAUCAACCUGCUAGACCCACAGUUGUAAAAGCACAAGUAGCAGAUAGUGAUGAGGAAGAGCUGCCCUGGUGCUGUAUCUGUAAUGAGGAUGCCGUCCUGCGCUGCCACGGUUGUGAUGAUGAUCUCUAUUGUAAGAGAUGUUUCAGGGAGGGACAUGACAAGUUUGACAAGAAGGAGCAUCAGACAUCCAUAUAUCGCCCACCACAGAAGAAAAAAGGGAGAUAG